AUGUCGAGCUCAAGGAUUAUACCUAGUAUAGCUAAACUACCACAUAAAUCGAUAUUAGAAUUAACCGGACCCGAUUCCCAAAAGUUCUUGAAAGGAUUAAGUUGUAAAGAUGUAGACUCAUUGAAAGGUGGAUAUAGUGGAUUCUUGAAUGCUUCAGGUAGAGUAUUACAUACCACAUUCAUAUUCCCUAUAUCGUCUUCAAGGUAUCUGGUUUCACAUGAAUCGAAUGAAAAUAAUCAUCCUUCACCACUGCAGACUUUUUUACCUCCAUUCAAAUUAAGAGCAAAAGUGAAAAUCAGAGAUGUAUCUGAUCAAUGGGAUACAUACGCUUCGUGGGGUCAAGAUCUAGAACAGGAUAACAAUAACAAUAACAAUAACAAUGUAAACCAAAAAGGUAAAGGGAAAGGUAAACAGCCUGAUAGAAUUUGGAAAUUUGGUAGUGGUGGUGCAAGUGAAUCGCAAUAUCAUUGGGAAAAUAAUGAGCCCCGAGAUUUGGAAUUAUCUGAAAAAGAAAUCGGCUGUUGGGAUCUAAGAGCUGGUUGGGGUAUAAAUAGUCUAGGUAGACAGAUACUAGUGCCAAAAGGUGAUCAGCCUUCAUUGACUUCAUCACACGAUUUAACAUCUACCGAAUCAUAUCACCUCAAAAGGAUGAUACUUGGAGUGCCAGAAGGUCCAGAUGAGAUAAUACCAGGUCACGCAUUACCACUGGAGAGCUGUAUGGAUCUACACGGAGGAGUCGAUUUCAGGAAAGGCUGUUAUUUAGGUCAAGAAUUAACAGUCCGUACAUAUCAUACAGGAGCGACACGAAAGCGUAUAUUGCCCAUUCGAUUAAUACCAUUGAAUAAAGGAGGAUCAUUAUCCGAUUAUAUCCACCCCGCCUCUUCUUCUUCUUCAUCAGAUCCGAGUGUACUCAGUGGUGGCAUUGAUAUAGGUGGUGAUUUGGACAUAACAUACCAUCCGCCAUCUUCUGCGCCAUCGAAAAAAUCGAGAUCAGCAGGGAAGAUCUUGACGUUGAAAGGAUCAAUUGGGUUAGGUUUAGUGAGAUUAGAAAUGGCAGAAAGAUCUUGGUGGUCCAACGACAUAUCAAAUCUAUCUAUAAAAGAUUGGCAAGAUAAUAACAAUAAUAUUGAUAUAGGUAAAUUGACUACUCAGAUUGGAGAUGAGACGUAUGGUGUAUACGUUGAUAAAGGUGAAGCGUACAGGGAAGCACUAAAACAUAUGUCAUAG